UGCAUAUUUUUCAGAGUGCACUGCAGUGUAUAUAGUUUGACAUUCCGUUUUGAUCUUGUUUGGUACUUUUUUCAACUUCGCGACUGCGACUUCGUCCAAAGAAAAUUGGUCUGACCUGGAGGAAGAAUCAAAAGUUUACGGCACAAAAGAUAUCCUAGGAACCACGCUUGUGUGACGAUAGACGGUUCGACUAGCAAUGGGUAACUACAUGUCGCUGUAUGUCACCAAUCCGGAAGGAACACCGAAACCGCUCACGCAACCCAGCUUUGAUCCGAACUUCGGCUUUCCAAAUGGUCGCAAGCAAAGAGUCAUGAUUGCUACCGAACAGGAAAUGGAAGCUGCCAAACUGCCUCUGGAGGAUCGCGACUAUUGUGCCCAUAAGCUGAUUGCACACAGAGCCUGUCGGGCGGAUGUGUGGCCAUGGGCAUACAAAUGUGCCCAUGCAAAGCAUGAGUAUCUGAACUGUGAAUACGAAGAUUAUAUUUACCGAAUGAAGGAAUAUGAACGUGAAAAACGUCUGUUGCUGAGAAAACAAAGAUUAGAGAAAAAACAAGCUAAAGAGCUUCUGGCUUAGUUCUGAUUUUUUGUUGAAGCAGAGCAGCACCGCUAUCCGCUGCGAAACCUUAUCAAAUAUGUUAAUAUGAGCAGCAUCUUAGGCUAAACCUCGAGAAGCAUGCACUUUGUAUUUCAGUCAUUUCUUUACAACAAACGAGUAGAUCGCGAUAAACAAUGUUAA